AUGGCGACGAUGACGGAGACGCAGACCGAGACGGUCAAGAAGAAACGCCUCGGCGCCGCCAAAACCGCAAAACUCGCCCCCGAAAACGAGCGAUACGUUCGAGCAUGUGCCGAUGUAGCGAACCACCUCGUCGAAGACUACGAAAAGUCGCAGCAGCCUGGCGCAGUCCGAAAAGACAUCAAUCUGAACUCUUUGCGCAGUCAGUUCGCCAAGAAGCACUUCUUGUCUCGCCAGCCGCCUCUCACGGACAUCAUUGCGGCGGUGCCGGAGCAAUAUAAGAGAUAUAUCCUGCCCAAGUUGAUAGCCAAGCCUAUCCGAAGUGCGAGUGGUAUUGCGGUGGUGGCAGUCAUGUGCAAGCCUCAUAGAUGCCCACAUAUUGCCUAUACGGGCAACAUCUGCGUGUAUUGCCCGGGAGGACCAGACUCGGACUUUGAGUACAGCACACAGUCAUACACCGGCUACGAGCCUACCAGUAUGCGUGCUAUAAGAGCGCGAUAUGAUCCGUUCGAGCAGGCUCGCGGACGUGUUGACCAGAUCAGGAAUCUGGGCCACAGUGUCGACAAGGUCGAGUACAUCAUCAUGGGCGGCACAUUCAUGAGCUUGAGCCCGAAGUACAGGGAAGAGUUCAUUUCGCAACUGCACAACGCCCUGUCCGGCUACCAGACGAACAACGUCGACGACGCCGUGACUGCAGGUGAGCAAAGUACAACAAAAUGCAUUGGCAUUACCAUCGAGACUCGUCCAGACUACUGUCUCCCUCCUCAUCUUUCCGACAUGCUGCGUUAUGGAUGCACCAGACUGGAAGUCGGCGUGCAGAGCCUGUACGAAGAUGUUGCUCGCGACACAAAUCGCGGCCACACUGUCAAAGCAGUCUGCGAGACGUUCUGUCAAGCCAAAGAUGCAGGCUUCAAAGUCGUCUCACACAUGAUGCCUGAUCUGCCUAACGUUGGUCUCGAACGAGACCUUUUUCAAUUCCAAGAAUACUUCUCUAACCCAGCCUUCCGCACCGAUGGACUCAAAAUCUACCCGACUCUCGUUAUUCGUGGAACAGGUCUCUACGAGUUGUGGCGAACAGGACGAUACAAGAACUACACCCCAAAUGUCCUCAUCGACAUCGUGGCACGCAUUCUCGCCCUAAUCCCACCUUGGACCCGCAUCUACCGCGUGCAGCGAGACAUUCCUAUGCCCCUUGUCACAUCUGGCGUGGAGAAUGGCAACUUGCGUGAGCUCGCACUCGCCCGUAUGAAGGACUUUGGCACGACUUGCCGUGACGUCCGCACAAGAGAAGUCGGCGUCAACGAAGUCAAGCACAAACUACGGCCCAACCAAGUCGAGCUUGUUCGGAGAGACUACACUGCCAACGGUGGCUGGGAAACUUUCCUGGCCUACGAAGACCCCAAGCAGGACAUCCUCAUUGCCCUGUUGCGACUGCGAAAGUGUUCAGAAAAGUACACUUACCGGGAUGAGCUUGUCUCACAGCCAAGUAGUCUGGUCCGAGAGCUUCACGUCUAUGGAUCCGCGGUUCCGAUUCAUGAGAGAGUCAAGGGGAAGAGCCAGCACCAAGGCUACGGCACUUUGCUCAUGGAGGAAGCAGCAAGAAUCGCGCGCGAUGAGCAUGGUUCGAAGAAGUUGUCUGUGAUCUCUGGUGUCGGUGUGCGAGGGUACUACAAGAGGCUAGGUUAUUGGCUUGAUGGUCCGUACAUGAGCAAGUGGUUGGAGCGGGACGGCGACGAGAGCGACGAUGACUGA